AUGUCCUCUUCCGAACCUACUUCGCGUACUCGUCAAGCAUCACAAAUCCACCGCUUCCCGAUCCUUUCACCAUCACGUUACCAUGGCCCGCCUACACCUUAUGCUCAACCUGUCGAAUUGACUUGUUUCUCGUUCGACGGUACUCGUACACUUCAUCUUGACGAUCGCGAACUCAAGUACUACUAUCCACCUGACCUCACAUCUUGUGACCUCUCUGAAGGAUAUGACACUUUUAUCCAACGAGACGACUCUACGCCAGAUCCGAUUGAUGCUUUACUUGAUGCAUUAGUUGAUUAUGAAAAGGUGGUUGGAGACAAAGUUGCAAGAAAGGCGAAUUUUGUGACCUGGAGGGGAAUAAUCACAAAAAUUCUCUGCACGCCUUAUAAUAGGAAUGAGCCAUGGGUACUAGGCGCAACUUUGUGGAAUGUAAGUGAAGAGAAAAGAGAAAAGGGUUUGAAUUGA